AUGUGGCCCAUUGAAAACAAGGUGCCACUGUCAACAGCCGGUCUAAUGGACGUCAUCAAGAUGGCCCGAAGUUGGCGACGACGAGCUCCGGAUCGGCCUGAAAGCAAGCCUACGAUAGUGAUGUCACACAAUGGAGUGUCCCGGGUCGGGGUAUAUAUUGGAGCUAAUAUAUGUAUCGACCAAAUGGACACGGAUCACGAAGUUGAUGUGUUUCAUGCGGUGAAAAUGAUGCGGAUUAAUCGACCACAACUGAUCGAUAUGAAGGAUGAAUACAAGUACCUAUAUGACUUGAUGCUGCACUGGUAUAUGACGAAUCCGGAGUAUCGUGUCCACGACAAGGACAUCUCUGACGAUGAAGGCGGUGGUGGCUUUGGUGGCGGCACCGGCUCAAAGCAGUCCUCACAGCGGCAGUCACUUCGCGACAAGGAUCGCUUUCUGCGAGGGCAGAAUUCGAUCCGGAAAUCCGAAACCCGCAGCAAAAAUCCGGACAAAUAA